AGUGGUCUGCAGACCCUUUACCCAAAGGCGCGCGCCCGCAGUCCCGGGCUCGGGCGUCUGGUUCUGCGCGUCGCGGAGCGCCCCGGCCUCUGGCCUCCCUUCCACCCGCGCGCCCCCAAACCCAGCGGGCGAGGCCCCGGGCUCCCCGCCGCCACCGCCGCCGCCGCGCCAUGCUCCACCUCAACGAGUUUUCUAGCCCCGACGCGCUCCUCGUCAAGUCCACCGAGGGCUGUUGCGGGGACCUCAGCACCGAACCCCGGCUGCCUGCCAGGGACGCUCCAGUGGCCAACGGCUACCCGGGAGCAGGCGACUUCUUGAGCUGGGCUUUGAGCAGCUGCGGCACCGCCGGGGGCAACUUAGCGGCCGACUCCUGCUGCCCCGAGGGGCCUGCGCCCACGCCCCCUCCCGGCCUCAGCUACAGUGGGAGCUUUUUCAUCCAGGCGGUGCCCGAACACCCGCACGACCCAGAGGCGCUCUUCAACCUCAUGUCAGGCAUCCUCGGCCUGACACCCUUCUCCGGCCCUGAGACGGUGGCAUCCAGGUCCGCGCUGGACGCCCCCUUCCCCACGGGCUCAGACGCGUUGCUGCCAGGGCUGCCCGACCUCUACUCCCCGGAUCUGGGCGCUGCUGCCUUCCCAGAGGCGUUUUGGGAGGCUUCGCCCGCCGCGGGCGCCCCCUCGCAGUGCCUGUACGAACCGCAGCUCUCCCCGCCCGACGUCAAGCCGGGACUUCGAGCGCCUCCGGCCUCUCCAGCCCUCGACGCCGCCUCGGCCUUCAUUGGCCCCUAUGCGCCCUGGGAACUGCUCUCUACCGGGGCCCCAGGGAGCUGCGGGUUACAGAGGGGCUACCAGUCCUCCCCUGAGCCCCACUUCCCCACGGUGGGGCCCAAGAUUGAAGACCUGCUGUCCAUUAGCUGUCCCGCGGAGCUGCCAGCCGGCCCGGCCAACAGACUCUAUUCCACGGAGGCCUAUGACAUUUUCUCUCUAGCCCCUGGUGACCUAGGAGAGGGGGCCGAUGGCCUCCCCGGGCUCCUGAGCCCUCCGAGUGGGGAGGGUGGGGGGAAUGGCGACGGCGGAGAGUUUCUGCCCGGUACGCAGCCUCAGCUGUCCCCGCUGGGUCUGCGCAGCACUUCGGCUGACUUACCGAAACCUCUAGUGGCGGACAUCCCGGGGGGCAGUGGUGUGGCUGCGCCUCAGGGGCCGCCACCCGCCCCAUUCUCCCCUGCCAAGCCGCGACGCAAGGGGCGCCGGGGAGGCAAGUGCAGCGCUCGCUGCUUCUGUCCGCGGCCGCACGCCAAAGCCUUUGCCUGCCCGGUGGAGAGCUGUGUGCGCAGCUUCGCUCGCUCGGACGAGCUCAACCGCCACCUGCGCAUCCAUACGGGCCACAAGCCCUUUCAGUGCCGCAUCUGCCUCCGCAACUUCAGCCGCAGCGACCACCUCACCACGCACGUGCGCACCCACACUGGCGAGAAGCCCUUCGCCUGCGACGUGUGUGGCCGCCGCUUCGCGCGCAGCGACGAGAAGAAACGGCACAGCAAGGUACAUCUCAAGCAGAAGGCGCGGGCCGAGGAGCGGCUCAAGGGCCUCGGCUUUUACUCGUUGGGUCUCUCUUUCGCCGCCCUGUGAGCGAGAGAUGAGUUUCUAGGUUGGGGCGCCGCCAUCUGACGAGCACGAGAAGACCCCUCACCCACCCACCCCCGCCCCGUCCCCAUGCGCCAUCACUUCCCUUCCCACGUGUUUCUCUUGUGCGCUUCUGGGCGAGCCUCGGGUCCCACCUUCAGUUUCUGUGAAGCAUCCGCCGCAAACUUCCCGUUCAGCACCAGCUCCGUGGACAGUUCCCUCGGCCUGCGAGUGCAGUCAGCCACGCUUGGGAAGUCUUCUGAGGCCAGCCACUGAGAAUCCACUUCCUUGGGACUCAUGACAGUCUGGUUUUUUUUUUUUCCUUUGUACCUGGCACCCACCCCACGCCCUUCCUGUGCCCGCGGAGACAGGCUGGGGCCGCGCCGAGCCGGUCUCGCGCAGGACUUUAUACAGCAGUGUCGUUUCCAGCAGCCUUUGGAUGUAACGUUUUUUGCUUUGGGGUUUCUUUUUUGUUGUUAGUUUUUUGUAAAGCAGAUGCUACUCUCAAGCAGUUGACAAAACUGUUUAUUUUUGCAAUUAAAAUGAUUGUGCUAAAAGCUUA